AUGGAGAUCACUGGCAAGAUGACAUCGAAUGACGAUCUCGCUCCAUUGGAGCCCCUUCACACGUCCAUUGGACUUGGAGAAGAGAAACCCGCAUCCGGAGGAGUCAAGCGCGACAGCGCAGAGCCCGACACUACAGCGAACAAGGACAUAGCGAGUCCGGGUCAAGUUCCGUCAAAGCGUCCUCGCUCCCGCUCUUCAUCGCAGUCAGAGGAUGCGGUAUCAAAGAAACCGAAACUGAACGAUCCCGCGCCUAUUACUACACCCAUCCCCGCGCCUGUAGCUAUACCAGCCCCUGCAACGUCGGCCAAUGGGCGUCAAGGCCUACUCAAGCUCCCCGUAGAGUUACUAGACAAUGUUAUGGAGCAUCUAUACCAUGAAAAGAAGGGUAGACAAUUCCUGUACGACGUCACUCAGGUCUGCAAAUAUCUUCAAGCUCCCGCUGCUCGCCCUCUCUACCAACAUGUCGCCAUCAACAUCGACCAAAGCCCGUGUCAGGACGCUAGCUUCAUGGCGGAUACCUAUCUGCCAUGUACCCUGGACCAGAUGAAACUUCACCAGACGCGAACACUGACGCUCUCUGCUUCGAACGAUGAGGAAGUCGGAUAUAUUCUGGCUGAGUUUCUCAUGGAGCUCCGUGACGUACCGCUGAAGGAGCUUCGGCUUACUGACGUCUCCCUCACUCGCAAGGUCGAUACCUAUCUCCAGAUGCUAUUCGAUGCCGACCAAAUGCCACUGAAGGACAACCUCAAAGAGCUGUAUCUUCCAUAG